AUGGCACGAGUUCUUUCAUUCUUGUUGAGUAGUCUAGUGACUGUCUGGCUCUCGUCACGAUCAGUUGCCGAUGGUAAGUUCAUUCUAACAUAUAGUGUUGUCUUAACACAGAUUUUGAGUAGACAAGCUGUAGACAGUAGAAAAGGCAGCCGUAUAGUGACUUAAUAAAACAGUUAAAAGUUUAAAAUCGUUUUGUACGCGCGCUUUAAUAUCAGCUGAAAGACAGCUACACAGCUUACUUGGUGCUCCUGCGGUGACUUUGAACAUUGCCGCUAAAAUUUACAGUCUGAUGGUCUGAUGUAAAAGGCUAACUAAAUUACCAUUUAUUUAUGAUUCUACACCGAUCCAAAGGCGGCGAAUUGCCUCGCCAGACCUCCAACAAUUUGUUUAUAAAAUAAUUUAGCACGUUUUCAAUGGAACAAGAUAUUACAGCUCAUUAAGUUACUCAUAUCGUAAUUUUAGGGCGCACGACGAUUUGAGCGAAUUAAAAACUCUUCCUUGAAAAGGUCAUUAUUAUUGAGAGUUCCAUUCCUUGGUUUUAAUUGUAUUUUGGCGUUUGUUUCCGAGGAGCUGAUUUGUACGUAUUUUAUAACUAUGGAAUGAGUAUGUUUAGCAUAUUAGCACUUAGUUGGAAAUUUAAAUAACUUAGAAUAUCAUUAUAAUCAUUAUUUAGCCCGACAGCUCAUCUAAACUACUAAUGAAAACAUCAUCGUUAAAACACAAUGUUAGACGUCAAAAAGAUACUAGGACAAUUCUCAAAAUCGCACAAAGACUGCAAAGAACUUGGUUUUAAAACGCUUUGUAAAGCUUGAAGAAAUGUUUAAUGCUUUAGUACGUUCAUGCGUCAGUUAUUUCACAAUUAACGUUCUUGAGGUCACGAACGUAACGAAGGUUGCGCCCGGUAUGGAUCGAGUAGGGCGUUUGUGGCGCGAAAAGCGAAGAUUAGUAAUGGUAGCAGGACUGAGUAGAGACCAAUUCGGUCUGUAAUCAUGCGAGUGAUUAACAAAAUCGUAGCGAGAGCCCGAUUUGUUUUAAUAAUCACGAGUAUGAUUACUACAGACCGAAUUGGCCCGCGAAUUGGACGACACGAAGUUCUGUUACCAAUUAAUCAAAAUUUGUGAUAUAUAGGGCUCUUUUUUUGAAAGGUUACCGUUUUUUUGCAAGUCUUUUCAAAGAGAGGUAAAAAAAUUCAUUCACGAAGCGAUUCGUUUUGCUUGAUUAGUCCCAGUCUCCUUGGGUUCCUGUUGCAUAUUAGCGGGCAAUUUACAAAGGUUUGGAUAGAAGUUUACUUGGCGCUGUUUCAGCCAAGACAGUAGCUGAGCUUUAAGCAGUUACUGUCAAGGGUGGAUUUAGGGGUGGGCCGAGGAGGCCUCGGCCACCCCUUUUUCUUUGAAAUUUUGUGUUAUUUUUAUAGAAUUCUAAGAAAAAUAAAAAGUAUCUAUAUAGCUGGCAAGUGUCCCGGCCACCCCUUUCUGAAUUUUCUGGAUCCGCCCAUGAGUGUGACGUACGUCUUUGGUAUCCUUCAUUUUGUGCGUUUGGUUUGCCGCUUUACUUUUCAGCGGAAGUCACAUGGCCUGCAGGGACUUAUGGGUUACCCAAAGCAAAGAAUGGUUGUCCUGUGUCGCUAAAGACCAACUGGACCACAGGCUGGCGGUUUGAAGAUCUUGAAGAUACAAACCCAGGAACUAGUAAAUCAGAAAGUUAUCAUUUAGAUACAAAAGUGGGAAUCGAUGUUAAUCGGACGUUCUGUAUAAAGAACAAGAAUGACGUUUCGACUGAGUGGCCAAAAGGUAAGCUUGGUUACACUUAAAAAUAAACUGCUCAUGAAGAGCUGUUUUCACUGGAGUGUUGUCAAACUGAAACAAAUAAUAAUAAUAUUAAUAAUAAUGAUGAUGAUGAUGAUGAUGAUAAGACCUUCAGCCAGUUGCAACUGUCUCAGGAUGUGCAACCAACCAAUCAGAACACGAAAAAGUGCGGGUAACCGGUGUCCAGUGUCAAAAAAUUGACGAACGAAAAGGAUUGACCCACCCAAAAACCAAACUUUUUCUUUGUUCUUUUCUCUUGAAAAGAAAGUUGGUGUUCCCUUAGGAAGCUCACAAAAUAAUAGAAAGCAGACUUCAAAACCACAAAAAUCAGGUCAAAAACCCGUUCUCAUAGCAAUUUAGGAAUGGUUUUUCUUUUACUGGUGAUUGGUUAGGUUCGAUUUCCGGGCGGAGAAAUUAAGAGCGCGGGCUCUUUUUCCGAACAGCGGCUGGUAUUCGAACCAAGUGAUUGGUUGACAGGGAACGUGAUAGACAGUUGGCGGACCGCUGGCGCCAACCAGAGUCAUACGCAGGCAAUUUACUGCGCUUUUCACAAACAUGCGAAUCUGAAGUUCAAAAGCCAACUGACGAUCCCGUUUUUUGCUGCCGUCAAUCAUCUUAACGGACCUCUUAGGAAACAAAACUUUACUUUAACGGGUCCAAAAGGUCAUGGUUUGUGAUUUGUGACUGGUGGAUUUGGAUCCGUUUUCUGUAUUUCACGGUUCGUUGCUUGUGAUCGUAAUUAUGAUUGACGGCGGCGAAAAACGCAAUUGUCAAGGCGGCUUUUGAACUUUAGAGUUCGCAUGUUUGUGAAAAGCGCAGUAAUCAGAGAUACAUGGGGCGUUGUCAGGCUGUGGCGUCUUCCAUGCAAGAGCAAAAAAGCAGAGCAAAAAAACUUAAGAUGGGUUAAAAAAUGAUGGUAACUUAUAGAAGAUGGCUUGAUUUGCAAAGUGUACUAAUCCAAAAUUGGCAAAAUACAAUCGAGGGUACUUCAAAAUUCCAAACUUAUAUUUCAUGUUAUUCUCUUUCUCUCUUUGUCCACAGUCUCGAAAUGUUCGGGUCAACUUGGUCAAUUUUUUAUAUCUGCUUUAUUUUCUUUAGGUCAAUACUGUAUUUUCAAGAAAGGAGAUUGCCCCAAAGGAUUUAAGGAAGGGCAUGUCUUUUGGGACGAUGAGAAUGACAAGAACAUCAACAAGAAAGGAGGGACACUUCCUGACGGCAUAUACGACCAAGACNUUAUAGAAGAUGGCUUGAUUUGCAAAGUGUACUAAUCCAAAAUUGGCAAAAUACAAUCGAGGGUACUUCAAAAUUCCAAACUUAUAUUUCAUGUUAUUCUCUUUCUCUCUUUGUCCACAGUCUCGAAAUGUUCGGGUCAACUUGGUCAAUUUUUUAUAUCUGCUUUAUUUUCUUUAGGUCAAUACUGUAUUUUCAAGAAAGGAGAUUGCCCCAAAGGAUUUAAGGAAGGGCAUGUCUUUUGGGACGAUGAGAAUGACAAGAACAUCAACAAGAAAGGAGGGACACUUCCUGACGGCAUAUACGACCAAGACACUUUGGUUUACUACUGCUGCAGAACAGAUGGUAAAAGAUAUACACCCAUCUCCCUCCCCGUCAUAAGUCCUUUCUAUCUUAAGACGUUUAAUACGUCAGAGUGUCAGCGAGUUAAAGGCGCAAUUGCUACGGAGGAGUUUAUACGAUUUGACACUGAAGAUAGCAGAAAUAAAGACCGGCAGAACGGAAGCUAUCCUUAUGGCGCGGGAAUUGCAAAUCAUCGACUUUUGUACUGUUACUAUGAAAGUAGGUUAUAAAGCUUAUUUUUUCCUAAUUAAAGUGUCACCAUCUGUAGUAAUUGGUCUAAUUCAGUUAAGAUACUUACACUAUUUUCCAACGAAUUAAAACUGAAGUCACGCCAAAGCCACUUAAAUUUGCAGUAAACAUAGUGACACCUUGAAAAUCCGUGCCUAAGAAUUAUCAGAGAUAAACCCAAUAUUGUACAUUAACCCUUUUAGUCCCAAUAGUGACCAACAGCAAUUUUCUCCUAACGAUAUCCAUGCAUUGUCAUUAGAUGAGGUUAUGAGAAUUAAUAAAAUGAUCACCUAAGAGAAAAUAAUUUGAUCUUUUAUCAAAUUCUCUUAACUAAUUCUUAAAGGAAAUGUAUAGAGAUCAGUUUGGAGAAUUUGUAUGUGGAUAUCGGGGCUUAAAGGGUUAAUGAAGUCUGCUUAAAUUUAGAUGACUGAAGUGAGAAUUGUUAAUACAUUGGACAAAAAAAAAAUAACUACAACAACUGCAGUUCCUGUUUAAGGCCUUCGAGCAAAGUUUGUUCGUUUGUUUGUUUGUUAUUGGUUUUUGCAUUUUUACCGAUGUUAAAAUAUCGCUAACACGCUGUUUGGGGCGCCUUAGUCUGGACUCUUGAGUUUGUUUUCUCAGGUUGUCAGUUCACGUACAGCUUGAACGGAAUUCGAGAUGAACAGAUAGAAUUCACCUCUCCCAAGUUUUACGACGGUGGAUAUCCCCUUUCUCAGAAAUGCACGUGGCGAUUUGCUGCUCCAGAGAAGAUGGAUGUCCACAUAGAGUUUCUUGAAUUGGGCAUCGAAGAUGAUGACUAUAUUGAGAUUCACCAAAACUGGAAAAGCGGUGCACCAGCAUGGACGAUUAACAAUAAAGAUCAUGCUCUUAAGCCUGAAGGCUAUGGAGAGGCAAGAUUUCUUUUAAUGGAGUUUCUGUCUAAAAAACCUGAUUCUUCAAGGAAGAAAUCUAAAGGUUUUCGUGGCGUCUUUAAAGUUAAAGGUGGUGAAGGUAAGAUUCAGAUUGCUUGAGCUCGUUCGUUGUUUGUUUCGCAAUCUUGUGUCGAAGGAGAACAAGCAAAAGAGCCUGGAAUUGAGAAAUGUUUUGUGACACGCACGACUCGCACUCAUCUUUCUGAUGCCAUAGUCAGCAUGGAGAGGUUACACACCACGUCUAGGCAAACCGCCGCCUCCCACUGGUUUGUCGUUUGUUGUCGAUACAGAUCGCCUUAACCAUUAUGUAUAGAGCGUAUUCCCUCGCGUGGCUAGCAUCUAUGCAAAUUUAUGGGAACAAAAGACAUGUUUUACAUAAGAAAAAAGUCCAACUCCGACAGGAUUUGUUUGGAAAACCAAUAUGGCCGCCAAUUCAUUGUUUUGGAACACCAAUAUGGCCGCCGUGACGUCAUGUGAAUACGCCCCAUACAUUCAUCCCCACUAAAAAGGUCACCGACAGUCGCCUUUGUGCAAUCUAACUUCGGUUUAAUUGUCAGGUUCCACUAAUCAGUUUCUUUCACGCGCAGCAUGAAAUAAAAGAGCAAUAUUAUAUUCCCUAUUUAUGACAGCCUGUGAUCGUGCCCUCGCUAUAUCAUAUCUCUAUCUAUCUUUCUGACGGGAAGGAGGAAAUUUCUUUGUUCUCCCUUUCUUCUCAAACAAGAAUUUUAAAAAACCCUGAUUUGUAGGCUACAUCAGAUGCCCCUUUUUGCAUAGUCACACACUGUAUAAAAUAAUAUACCAGGAAGCUUAAGCAACGACGACGGCGAGGUCAACGAGAACACCUUUGCACAUGCACCACUCUUUCUUGAACAUUUCUUCGCCGACGUUGCUCGACUACCACGUAAAACGUCCUAAUUUUACGUUUUGUUGAAUACGUGACCGCAAAACAAUGACUUUCUUUUUCUUUUCCUGAACUUUGAUAGGGUCUUUUAGAAUUCAACUACAAAAAAAUUUGCCAACAUUUGACGAAUUGAACUAUAUGGGAUAAGCACGAUAAAGUUUUAAGCAGCGCGAAUUCACUUUUUAAGUGACGUUUUCGUUGCCUUGGCCGUCGUUGUUACUUAAGCUCCCCAAUACAGCGUUAUUACCGGACGCGUCCAUAAACGCUCACUUCUCGAUUGUCUUAGAUAUUCCGAUCCAUCUUGAGCUUCUUUGUGUUCGUGCCAUUUUAGAGUUGCCUCCUUCGGGCGUCGAGUGGCCUGCCGGGACUUUCGGGAUCCCUCGUCCCAGGCUCGGAUGUCCUCGCUCAAAGAACGUCACGUGGUCUACUGGCUGGCGAUUUCAGGACACGGAAGACGUAAACCCCAACAACUAUCAUUCACAGAAUUUUCACAUGAACUCAUCAGUCAUGAAAAACGACGUAAACAGAACCUUCUGCACAGCUACAGAAAAUAAUGGCACAAAAUCUUGGCCUAAGGGUAAGGCUUUGGACAGUCAAUUUCAAGUAUGCGAACACGUUUUCCAGUGAAAACUCCCAAGACUGCGGCGCGCAACUAUGAAGCGAGGCUUUCACUAGGCUCGAUUACCAGCCAUUGUUCAGGAAGCGAGCCUGCGCUCAAGAGAGCGGUGACGUAAAUCGAGCCUAGGUUUUCACGAAUCAAUCAUGCAUGAUCUUUGAUUUGAUUUCCAAUAAAGACAGUUUUCCGUAGGACUAUUUGUCUUUCAUUUGCUCACCAAAACACCAUGAAAUAAACCAUGGAAAGCAUGUACUCAGUUGCAGGCUAUAUUUCAGUACCGGAUCCAGACCUUGAGAUAAAUAAGGGAGGGGGGGGUGGGGGGAGGGCGGUCAUCCAGACCCUUCUGGUCUCAGUUUGGUCUAAAAAUAAGGGGGGGGUCCGGCCGUCCCCCCCGGGCCCCUCCCCUGGAUCCGCCACUGUAUUUUAAAGUUACUGUAUUUUAAAAUAUCUGUUCGGAAGACGAUUUGAGAUCUAGAAUUUUCGGAGCAUUUGUUGUAAAUUUCUAGCUUGCCUGCCUCUCCUAGGAUUUUCGAACAUCUACAAAAUGGUAUAAUUACCCAUUUUUAACGAAUUUUUACCCUAAAAAAGGCCACCUAGAAUUUUCGGGAACCUUUUCUCGGCUAAAAUUUUCGAAAAGGUAAGUUUUGAUCCCUAUAAUUUUCGGAUCACUAGACUUUCAGCUAGGAAAUCCGAACAGAUGAAAAGUUUUUAGGGGAUAAAAAUAUGCCUAUAUCUACCGUUUAAAUACUAAAAUACGUUCAACAAUGCUAUGUUAAGUGGUUUUGAACUAUAUCCUCGUUGGGUGCCCCUGAUGUACAGCUCUGUGUACAGUAUGAAAAUAUCACCCCACAUGAAUUGUCUCAAUCUAGGAUUUCUUCCAAUAAUUCCGUUAUUCCUGUUAUGGCUAGCUUAAAUUCUCAUGUAAAUGCUAACUUUUAUUGCAUUUAUUUUUAUCUCAUUUCAGGUCAAUACUGCAUCUACAAAAGGGGCACAUGUCCAAAAGGACUCACAGAGGGAUCCAUAUUUUUUGAUGACGAAAAUCGCAAAAACCAAAACAAAAUGGGAGGGGCACUACCGGACGGAGAAUACACCGAGGAUACCAAGCUUUUCUACUGCUGUAGAACAGAUGGUGACAAAUUAGAGCCUAUCUCUCUACCCAUUAGUAGUCCCUUUUACCUCUUGGCGUACAACAAUUCCGAAUGUCAGCAAGUAAAUGGAGCGCUUGCUACAAAGGAGUUUAUACGAUUUGACAACGAGGACACAGGAAACAAGGACGCCAAGAGUGGGACGUAUCCGCACGCGUACGGAAGCUUAAAUAUCUCCUAUUGUUACUAUGAAGGUUAGUUUGGUAAUAGCCUGCGAGUAAGCUCUCCGGUGCGCGCUGGCGGCGGGGCGAGAAAGGGAAGGAGAGCUUGCAACUAGGUCUCUGGAAUUUGAAUUCCACCUCCAAUUCCCCUGUGGCUCCCCGUCGACUGAGCUGUCAGAUUUCCGCCAAUCAGCGCGAAGCGGAAACGAGCACGAAUGUAAACAAACGUUGACAAACACGUAAAAGAUCAUCACUAAUGUCAUCUCCGCCAAUGAGCAUUUCGAAUCGAAAGGCUCUCCUUUCUUUUCCCGCCUCGCCGCUAGAGCGCCCCGGAGAGCUUGCUCGCAGGGUAGUAUGGUAACCAAGGGCACCUUAACGCUGAGCAAAGUUUCUGUAUCUUGUCAUGCAGUAUCCGUUUCGCCACUUUAGAAACGAUAUGGGGCUUGGAUUGUUACUGGGAACGCGCAAAUCAGCUGAUAACUUCUUUUUCCUUAAGUGGCAAAUUACAAGACAAAUUUUAGACACGACACAUUGCCCAGGGCGAAAAACCUCGCAACAAGUAAAUUUGCUGCGCACCUUUUGUUAAAUUACAGAGAGAAAGAUCUCCGAUUACCAUUAUCAUUAUCGUUUCAAUCCUUAGCUUGUCAUUUCACCAUCAGCGAGACGUCCCAGGAGUUUAUGUCUCCAAGUUUCACUACCGGUGGCUACCCCAAUUCUCAGCUUUGCACGUGGCGGUUCCUGGUACAAGAGAGAGGUCCGCCAAAUAAGCAGCAGGUUUUAAUCAAAUUCCCAGAGUUCAACCUUCAAAAGGGCAAAGACGGAGAUGUUGUAAAGAUUUACAGCGGAUGGAAUGAGACAGCACCUCUUCUUGCAGAGUUCAGCGGGGAUAGACCUCCACCAGCGAAGGGCGUGGCAUCUAAGUCUCCUGUAGUUUUUCUGGUGUUUAGAUCCGAUUCUCGUGGAAAAUCAAAGGGCUUUCGUGGACUGUUCAUCAACCAGAGUGAGUGACAAGGGUUUGUUUUAUGUGGUAUAGGACGCACUUAUUGCGUGCGUUUCUCGUUCGAACAGUAGUUACCAGUGGCGGAUGCAGAGGAGGCGCCGGUCCCCCUUCAGGGGUACCCAACGACGAUUUCCUCCAAAAUUCAUUGAAAAGUCUUUUUAGGCUAUCCAGAGUACGUUUAGAUCUCUAGAAAUGCAUUCUAGGGGGCGCUAUAAAAUUUGUAUCUGUUCGGUCGACCUAGGGCAACUUGGAUCUUUUCGAAAUUAUAAGGGCUUCAGUAUUAUUUUCCUGAUGCAAACUUUUUGAGACUGCUCCCCCCCACCCCAUCCCCCUAUUUAAGGGUCUGGAUCCGCAACUAGUUACUACCAAUGGGGAGGCAGUGUGGACGAGUGACCAGCGGACUGGCAAUCCGGCGUUCCAGGGUUCGCGUCGCCAGUCUCUGGGUUUUUUCUCGGCAAGAGAACAUUUCUCGGUGGUCCCGAGUUCAAAUCCUCGGCCACGCUUGUAAAUAGACAACUGGUCGCCUCCUACCAGUUUUGGGGUUUUAAAUCCUGUUAUGUUCUAUGUGCAUUAUUUGUUUUUAAUUACAUGUGUCUCUUUUUGUAGGUUAUGACGCAAAAGCUGUACCUAAACAUCCCAUUACCCUUCCUUCUACUUCGACGAUUAAGCAAGGUAAGAACACUUUUGUAAUGCUGGGAACUUUUAACAACCCAUAACUGACCGCUUCUGGGAAUCUGCCCACAUACCCCUUUCCUAAGCCAACAUUAGCAGUUACUUCUCACUUAUGGCAAAAUGUUGGCUUAGGGGAGCGCAGGUGGGCAGUUUCCCAGGAAGGUAUAAUGAUCCCCCCGGAGGAAGUAAAGAUGGCAGAAUAUUAGCCAAGGCGAGAAAAUAUGACAAAACAAGCUUGGUCAAAUAAAGCACAAUUAUAUAACAAAAGAGGAACAAGAGAAACAAAUUUUUCUUACGGGAUAUAUCAAGUAAUCCUAUCUUCCAUCCCCUUGUUACCCUUGUAACCCCUUCUUACCCCAUGUUACCCUGGUUAACCCUUGUUACCCUUUGUAACCCCUUGUUACCCUUGUUACCCCUUCUUACCCUUGUUACCCCUUGUUACCAUUGUUACCCUUGUUACCCUUUGAUACCCCUUGUUACCCCUGUUACCCUUUGUUACCCUUGUUACCCCUUGUUACCCUUGUUACCCCAUGUUACCCUUGUUACCCCUUGUUGCCCUUGUUACCCUUUGUUGCCCCUGUUACCCUUUGUUACCCUUGUUACCCCUUGUUACCCCUUGUUACCCCUUGUUACCAUGUUACCCCUUGUUACCCUUGUUACCCUUUGUUACCCUUGUUACCCUUGUUACCCCUUGUUACCCUUGUUACCCCUUGUUACCCUUUGUUAACCUUAAUGCCCUUGUUACCCUUAUUACCCUUGUUACCCUUUGUUACCGUUGUUACUCUUGUUACCCCUUGUUACCCUUGUUACCCUUGUUACCCUUGUUACCCCUUGUUACCUUUGUUACCCCUUGUUACCCUUGUUACCCUUGUUACCCUUGUUACCCUUGUUACCCCUUGUUACCCCUUGUUACCUUUGUUACCCUUGUUACCCUUGUUACCCCUUGUUACCUUUGUUACCCCUUGUUACCCUUGUUACCCCUUGUUACCCUUGUUACCUCUUGUUACCCUUUGUUACCCCUUGUUACCUUUGUUACCCUCGUUACCCUCGUUACCCUUGUUACCCUUUGUUACCCCUUGUUUCUUUUUGUUACCCCUUGUUACCCUCGUUACCCUUUUUACUCUUGGUACCCCUUGUUACCCUUGUUACCCCUUGUUACCCUUGUUACCCCUUGUUACCUUUGUUACCGCUUAUUACCCUUUGUUAUCCCUUGUUACCCCUUGUUACCCCUUGUUACCCCUUGUUACCCUUGUUACCCUUGUUACCCCUUGUUACCCUUGUUACCCCUUGUUACCCCUUGUUACCCUUGUUACCCUUGUUACCCUUGUUACCCCUUGUUACCCAUCUUACCCCGUCUUACCUUUUGUUACCCCAUGUUACCCUUGUUACGCUUUGUUACCCCUCUUUACCCUUUUUACCCUUUGUUACUCUUGUUACCCUUGGUUACCCUUGUUACCCCUUGUUACCCUUUGUUAUGCCUGGUUACCGUCUGUUAUCCCUGGUUACCCUUCGUUACCCCUUGUUAGCCUUGUUGCCGUUGUUACCCUGUUUUCUCCUGUGUUACUUUUUAAUCCUCUGUGUUGUAACUUUAACAAUAUAAUUUCAUAGAGAAAAAACAUAUCUUAAACUGGAAAGAGCUGAUGUACAGAAUAGGUUUUCUUAAUGACCGUAAACACUGUCUCUCUUUUUCUUCAGCAAAUCAGUCGCUGAAUGUUUCCACGAGUCCAACACCAACACCAACACCAACACCCGGUAAGGAAAACCUAGAUGGCUUGCAGUUGUUUUUUAGGUGUGCGGACAACGCCCUACCAAGUCCGGAUUAGUAUCUCCCAAUCUUAGACGAUUAGCCCUCAAGCUUAAUUGCAAUUUUAAGACGAAACUUACUUUUGUUACUCUUCUCCACUCGCGGCUGACUGUUGCUGUAGUAUGUUGCAAUCACGAAACAACUUAAGGUAGUUGUAGUAUAGCAUUUUGAAGUUUCUUUCUCUUGUGUUUGGCGGAAUAAAGUAUCUUGGAGUGACAAUAUAUUUGUGGAAAGUAACAUACUAGGUGUUUUCAUAAUGGGCUCUUAAAGUCUAGAGAUUUUGGGCAAGCUGUAAUGGGCUUUUGCGCGAGUUGUCUAACGUUUUGUUUUAGCGUCGGUAAUGCUUCGAAUUCUCAAACUUCUUAUUUAACUUUCAGUUUCAGGCUCAUUAGAAACACAGACUGGUUCAUCCGCCGCUCCUAUGAACGUUAUAAUUCCAGUUCUGAUCACGCUUAUUCUCGUAAUUGCGCUGGUCAUUGUUUGCUUCAUUAGACGCAAGAGACUCGAAAGACGAGUACGAAAAAGACUAGGUAACAGUGCAGCUAACUUGGUCAACGAUGACAGUUUAGCUCAGUAUCACGACCUCCACUCACAAGAUUAUGAUUCUUCUGAAGAACUGCAAAAUAUCUUUCCUACAAGUUAA